UAUUUAAGUGGUGAUAAAUGAUUCACAGGUUAAUGUCUUAUGGUAGAAUAUCUAAAGUGAGUUAACAAGGUAUUAAUAAUCUAAGUGAAUAAUUUUAGUACUCACAAACUCACUGAAUAAAACACCUAGAGGCUAUUUUAGUUAGGUACCAUAGCAAGGUUCUUCAAACACUGAGCUUGUGAAAAUUUUUGCAGCAUUUUUCGGAAUUGUUGGUUUGGGUACUGGUGGAUAUGUUGCUUAUUAAAAUUCUCAAAAAACAAAAAAUUUAGAGGCAAAAGCAAAAUAGACUACCAUAUCAAAUGAAACUAUUGACAAUUUGAGAUAAAAAUCAAUAGAAAAUGAAGAAUAAAAAAAGGAAGAAAUCAUAACCAUGUUUUCAGAUGUUAAUGACAGAAUGCUUAGGUAUAGAGGAGAUCCAACAAGUGAGAAGAUGCUUGUAUUUAUUUCUCCUUAUUCUAUUAUAGGCUGAUUAUACAAUUUAUGGAGACUUGAAAUGGUUUGAAGUUGAUCCUGAAGAAUGGGAGAAGCCAGAAGAGGAUAUGAUUAUGAAAGAUGAGAAUGAAAUUAUUAAACACCCAAUUAAAAAAGCAUUGAUAAAUGAAAGAAUCACACAUGCUUUUGAAGCUGAAAGGUACUCCAAUACUUCAAUAGAUUAGAAUAUUGCAAAGCAUUUUUGUAAAUGUAAAUGAUGUACUAUCUGAAAUUGAAAAGACAGGAACAUACACUCCACCAGGCAUUUUCUUUAGAUUUUAUGGUUACGUAUACUUCCAAAUUAGAAGAAAACCCAUCAAUGUGGAAAAUUUGGUUAAGGCCUAAAAAUAUAUUUCUGUAUUUAUUUAAACAUAAUUAUAGCUAUUUGAUUUAUUCUUCUAAUACUAAACACCUGUUUUAUAUUAUCAUAAUUAGUAUCUUGAAAUACCCUUAAAACCUGCUAUUUUUGAUGUAAAUUAUAAAGUAAACUGUUUAGAACAUAGAUUGGUUACCAAAUGCUUAUAUCAAUUCUAAACAAUAGGCAAAAAUCUACCUAACUGGCAAACCAAAGCAUGUGUUUUCAAUGAGAAUCAAAUAAGGAACAGUUGAUGAAUCUACUCAAAGAUUUGCAUGGACAAACCAUUACAAAUGAAGAUUUAUUUACAAUACAUUAUAAGC